AUGGGAGCUGGAGCCUUAUAUAUUGUGAUAUUUGUGUUGAUAUUUAACUGGAACUCGAGAUCACAUUCAUUCUACCACUUACUCUUCCUUUCAGAGUGUCUGUUCCUAAUGAAUACUACUAAAAUGCUCUAUCAUCAGCCAAGACCAUAUUUUGUAGAUGAUGAAAUUAAUUCUUUAGAAAGUUGCACUGCUGAGUAUGGUAACCCUAGUGGACACUCGCUGUUUUCUGCUGCCUUCUUUAUGUUUAUUUACCUAGAUGUAUGGCAUAUAGAUUCUUAAAAGAGAAAAGAAAGUUAGACUAAAUGGCUGCUCUCACUCUUUGGAUGCGUUUUUAUGUUUAUACUGAUUGGUUUUGCAAGAUUAUAUGUAGGUGCUCAUUCAAUGAACUAGAUAUUAUAUGGAUGGUUAUUAGGUAUUUGGAUAGCACUUUAUAAUCACUAUUGCUUUAGAGAAUUUAUAAUAGAUCAUAUUGAAACAGUCAUUCAUAGAAAGUCAAGAUACCAGCAAAGAAAGAACUUUAACAUUACCUAAUCCAUCAUUGUAGCGACUGCAUUAUUUUUGACUGUUUAUUUUAUCCAAAUUUUGACUUAUAUUAUUGUCGAUGUAACAUUCACAGCUGAUCCUAUUUGGGAGCAAAGAAUUUACUUAAAAUGCUCAAACAUAGAAGCAGGUACUAGGCAAAUGUUCAAUGAUAAAUCAGUUCUUUUUGCUUCAAUCACAGUUAUUGUUUAUACCUCUUAUCUAGCCUUGAUUUCCAAUAGGAGAUAAUUUGGAGCAACAUGGCCUGAUAUGUAUAAGACAUCUAUUAAAAAGGUUUUACUAAGAUUCGUAAUUAUUGGACUACUCUGUGGUCUUCCAGGUCUUAUAAUCUUGAUUAAAUUUCAACUUGAUAUUGCUAUAUUGAUUAUAAUUAAGACUGCUGUGUGUAUGAUUAUUGGAUUCCUGUUAUUUGGAGUAACUCAUUACUUCUUUGUAAAGUUUGAUUUACUCAACAAUGAAAAUAAAAAUGAAAAUGAUGACGAAGAAUGUGAGACUAGUUUGAUUUCAUAGGAAACAGCAGAAAAUAAAAUCAAUUGA